AUGGUUCCAUUUCGACUAGAUAAGCCUCGCCCUAAAAUCGAAGGUUUCUACGUAUGGAGAGGUCCAUUAGAAUUAGAAAAUACAAAUGAAAAGGCUCCUGGAAAGAAGAGAGCAUAUAAACGUAAAAAGAAAGACAACAAUGAGGAGGAGGAGGAGACAAGAGGCACACCAAAACCUCGUAAAAAACCCAUGGGCGAUAUUGAUAUUGUACCUUAUAAUAUACCUGAUAGUAUUCAGCAAACAUCAAAAGAUCCAUCUUCGUCAUCUUCCAAUUCGAAUGCGCUUGAUGACACUCAACAGAAAACUCUUAAUAAAAACCGAUCCAAAGAACAUAAAGAGCAUAAAGAACAAAACAAUGAUAUUGAACCAUUAAAUUCUGAAUUGCAACAAAUCUUAUCAAUUUUUAAAGAUGAAAUAUCAAAAGAAAGCUUUCAAGUCAAAUCAAGAUUUCCACAAAGCCUUAAACCUACUUUGAUUAAAUUAUUGUCUAAAGCAUAUGAACUUGGUGAAUUUAAUGAAAAUCUUUUCAAAAAUUUGACAAACAUUCUACCUUACAAUAAAUUCACCAUAACACGUCUUUGCUAUAGAACAAUGUAUCCAAAGGCAAUCCACGAUUCACGAUUUAAAAAAACAGAUUUGAUUUCACAAUUUAAGUCAUCAGUCGAUGAAGCAAUGUCUAAACUAUUAAAAGAAUACAAUGAACUAUCCAAAAAAUUUAAAUGGGAUAAUCAUAUCAAGUCCUUACUAUAUCAAAUAAUUCAAACUGAAAUGUCUAUCGUAAUGAUGUGUAAUCAACUCGCUGAGGCAGAAGAGAGAACCGAAAGACAAUCUGAACAAACUUCUAGAAAAAAAUUGUAUCAACAUCUUUUAGCAAUUUGGCCAGAUGAGUGGAUGUCAUCUAACGAAAUAGGAAAAAUUUACAGUGCAUAUAAAAAGAAACAGCAAUCUUGA